ACAUUUAGCAAAUAUUUCCAUUUAACCCUCAGUCUGCCUUCUGAGAAACAGAAAUGGGCACAUUAUCCAUUUAGGAUGUCACUGUGACCUGGCUGUAGCCUCUGAGAUACAAUGAUGGUGCUACAGAUGGUGACAUGAUUUUUAGGAGUCUUUAGAAAGGUCAGGCUCUGUGAGGCCUGGCAGGGCUGCCAUUUCUUGGCCUGCUGGAAAGAACUGGAACACUUAGUGAUGUAGGAGUGGUUUGCCUGCCUCUACUGAGAGACUGAGGCAAACAGGGGGCAGGUGAAGUGAGCACCACUGAAAAGCCUGGGAUUUGCACAACUUUUCCAGAGCCCAAAUCAGUGGAAGUGCUGCCCGUGUGGAGCUUCUGGUGGUGAUGCCGUUCCUGGCACACAGACAUGCAGAGGCAGCAGGAGUGGGUCUGGGGCUGCCCAAUAGUUCAUUGCUGCUGGUCUUCCAUGCUGCCCAUUCAGAGGGGGUCUGCAAGGGCUGCUCUCUGCCAUGUGCUCCAAGGGGCUGAAGAUUCAUCCACCUUCCCAAUGACUGCCUCGGGGUAUCUUAGGCUGAGGUAAGCUGACUCAUCUUGGAGUCACUCAUAAUGGAACCCCCAGACAAGGGGAAGAGCGACGAGAGCUUGUCCAAGAAGAACAGAGACUUGCUUCGUCUGGAGGCGCAAGAGAAGAGGAGACGGGAGGCUCCAGGGGAGAAAGACCAGUUCCCUGGGAAGACUCCCAUCUUUGCAAAACCCCACAAGACUGAUAACAAAGAUGGGCUGUCGAGGCGCAUUAGGAACGUCUUUGGCGAUUAUAAUGAUUUCAAGGAGUACAUGACGAAGAAUUUGCGGAAGGUCAUGUGGUUUCCAAAGAAGUUCAAAUCCAGGUCACAGAGGAGGAGCAAGUGUUGUGAACCGAGCUGCAGUCAAACCAAGACAUUUCAGAGCUCAGUGACGGAACAACCACUUAAAAAUUCUACGACAUCAGAAUCAUCUGAGCUUGAACCUUCUCUGGAGAAAACCAACUCCACGGAUGUGCCGUCCAUUGAGGACAUUUUGAGGGAAAUGACCUACUCAUUUUCACGUCCAGUGUCACCUCUGCACACGCCUCCAAAAGCAGAGCCUACCAAAUUGCCCUGCUCAACAAAGCAAACCAACUCCACGGAUGUGCCAUCCAUUGAGGACAUUUUGAGGGAAAUGACCUACUCAUUUUCACGUCCAGUGUCACCUCUGCACACGCCUCCAAAAGCAGAGCCUGCCAAAUUGCCCUGCUCAACAAAGCAAACCAACUCCACGGAUGUGCCGUCCAUUGAGGACAUUUUGAGGGAAAUGACCUUCUCAUUUUCACGUCCAGUGUCACCUCUGCAGACACCUCCAAAAGCAGAGCCUACCAAAUUGCCUUGCUCAACAAAGGACAUGGACGGCUCUGCAGCUCACAAUGAGGAGCAGUCUGGCACAGCCUCAGGAACAUUGCCGAGCUCUCAGCCAAGAACAUCUUUCAGUUGGCUCCAGAAUGUCCCGCAGCUCAGUGACAGUGAGGAGAGUGAUGACAACCAGGUUGUUGAAAAGCCUCCUUCUCCACUUGCUGCUCCAAGAUACAGUUUCAGUUGGCUCCCGAAGGUCCUGCAGCUCAGUGACAGUGAGGAGAGUGAUGACAACCAGGUUCUUGAACGGCCACCUUCUCCACUUGCUCCUCCAAGACACAGUUUCAGUUGGCUCCAGAAUGUCCCGCAGCUCAGUGACAGUGAGGAGAGUGAUGACAACCAGGUUGUUGAAAAGCCUCCUUCUCCACUUGCUGCUCCAAGAUACAGUUUCAGUUGGCUCCCGAAGGUCCUGCAGCUCAGUGACAGUGAGGAGAGUGAUGACAACCAGGUUCUUGAAAGGCCACCUUCUCCACUUGCUCCUCCAAGACACAGCAUGCUCCUGGAUGACCUGCAGCUCACUGACAGUGAGGAGAGUGAUGACAACCAAGUUGUUGAAAAGCCUCCUUCUGCACUUGUUUCUCCAAGAGACAGUGCCCUACAGUCCCAGCCCAGGAGUGUGGCAUCAUCUCCAUCCAGCAGCUCCGAGACCAGUGACUCAGAGAGCUCCGUAGACUGGGAGACCGUUUACUCAGAGAGCUCCUCCGACUCGGAGAUGGAGACCGCCUGGAGUGACGGUGACGUGGGCGACCCUCCAAGUGCACCAGCACCUGAGGACAUGGACGGCUCUGCAGCUCAGAACGAGGAGCAGUCUGGCACAGCCUCAGGAACAUUGCCGAGCUCUCAGCCAAGAACAUCUUUCAGUUGGCUCCAGAAUGUCCCGCAGCUCAGUGACAGUGAGGAGAGUGAUGACAACCAGGUUGUUGAAAAGCCUCCUUCUCCACUUGCUGCUCCAAGAGUUUUGCAAUCCAGCAGCCCAGAGUCCGGGAGCACCAGUGACUCUGAGAGCUCCUCAGGCUCUGAGAGCAGUGACUCUGAGAGCUCUUCAUCCUCGGACACCAGUGACUCAGAGAGCUCCUCGGGCUCAGAGACCCACCACACUGGGGGUGUCAAAAGGCCUGGCAAGCCCCUGGUGCACAACGGGGCCAAGAGAUGCCGGAAGGAGGACAGCAACCCUGAUCUGUUGGAGAUCAGAGCCCAGUCUUCCAGGGACAAACAGAAAGACAGAGUGAAGCCACACUCAACUUACAGGAAAGACCUGAAGCCGGCCCUCCAAGAGCCCCUUGAGAACAGAAAGGGCUCCCACCAGGCCAAAGCCAAACAGCCCUUUGCUCUCGGGGUGAAGAAGUUGCUCUUGCCAGUGAGAGACCCCGCAGCUCCUGAGCCUGUCCGGGUGAAAGAAGAGCACCAGAGAAGAGCAGAGACCAAGGACCUCCCUCGUGCAAGGAAGCGGGACUUGAAGAGGAGAGCCAUGGACAGUCCUGAUGAGCCCAGUGGGAAGAAAAAGAGAGGAGAGAUAUGA